UGCCGUUAAAAUGGGGGCGGGUUUUUCAACUCAAAAAGCGCUCAAUUUUUUUCUUUUCAAAAAAAGCUGAUGAGGUCGGAAAAAAGGGAGAAGAAACCGGCACCGUCUCCGCAGCGGCAACAGAAGCAGCAAUUGUUUGAGCGAGAAAAGAAGCAAAGGAGAGAGGAAAAGAAAAAAGCAGAAAGGGAGACGAAGCGCAAGUGCCUGUAGAGGUGAAGAGAACAGGGACCAGCGAUUUAGGGGACUAGCUACAAAAGAAAUUAACUGUCAGUGGGAGUACUGAGUCUCGGGAGGAAGCAGUGCUGCCCGGCUCGGCUGCAGGACACAGCUGGCAGCCGGCCGCUGCCUUGUCGGCGGCACAGGCUAGGGGCAUAGGUCAGGGGACCGCGAGAGAUUGGCGAAGUGGCACGGAACGCCGAAGCCGCAGGGCUCUCGCUGAGAAGGCAGCGGGACUGGCUGCGCCUCGGAGUUAGGGGACUCCCCGUACUCAGAGUUUGGCCUACGGUUCCCAGGACCCUCCUGAUUUCUGGAGGCUCCCAGAAAACCGGGAAAGGAAGGAGAAAAACUGCGGCAGCGGCGGCGGCAGCUUAAUGAGUGCCUACAGUAGGAAGCCUGGACUGACUCAGUGGUAGGCGGGAAAUACUGGUGGGCUGCCUUGUGCACCCGCGAUGCUUCCGCGAGCUGCCCCAGCGGCCCGGUUCCCAUAGUCGCUUCCCUGCUUUACUUGCCUCCUUCCUCAGACUGCACAGAGUCCCGGGACCCGGGGAAGCCGGCAUGACAGGCUUGCCGGGGGCCAGCCGCGCGCUCAGCUACCUCCGGAGACGCGCGCGGAGUCCGGCUCCCACGGCCUCCGAGGCUCCGCGGGGCUGCGGCAACCCUGCGGCCGGGCUCCGGAGUCAUCCCGCGCGGCGUUAGCCAGCGACUCUGCCCGGACGCGCCUGUAAGCUACUCGUGCGAAGCCGAGACCACUGGGGAGUCGCUACGACCUGUAACUUGAGGGCCAAGACACUGCUACCCCCGUUUGCCUUUGGUGAUCAUCUUUAACCCCCGGGAGCACGUCAGCAUCCAGCCACCGCGGCGUUCUCCCUGCAGCGGAGGACUCAAGUCUACCCCUUACGCGCGACGGAUGGAGACCGAGCCCCUCAGAGGACCUGCCCCUGCAGUUCUGGCUCACACGGCUCAAGUCACCACCGUGAACAACGGACCCUAAAGAAUGGCCGAGCCUUGGGGGAACGAGUUGGCGUCCGCAGCUGCCAGGGGGGACCUAGAGCAACUUACUAGUUUGUUGCAAAAUAAUGUAAACGUCAAUGCACAAAAUGGAUUUGGAAGGACUGCGCUGCAGGUUAUGAAACUUGGAAAUCCCGAGAUUGCCAGGAGACUACUACUUAGAGGCGCUAAUCCUGAUUUGAAAGACCGAACUGGUUUCGCUGUCAUUCACGAUGCGGCUAGAGCAGGUUUCCUGGACACAUUGCAGACUUUGCUGGAGUUUCAGGCUGAUGUCAACAUCGAGGAUAAUGAAGGGAACCUGCCUUUGCAUUUGGCUGCCAAAGAAGGCCACCUCCCUGUGGUGGAGUUCCUUAUGAAGCACACGGCCAGCAAUGUGGGGCAUCGGAACCAUAAGGGGGACACCGCCUGCGACUUGGCUAGGCUCUACCGCAGGAACGAGGUCGUUAGCCUGAUGGAGGGAAACCCGGAGGGGGGAGCUGCGAAUGUGCAGUGAAUAUGGGGAGGGCUCUCCCACAGUCUACUUUUUCAGUUAUUGGUUGGCUAUCCUGACUAUUUUAAUAUCAUUUGUUAAAAUUCAGUUUUGACAUAUUUUAAGCAGCUAGUUAAAUCUUCUGAAAUGAUAUAAGUGGUAAUCUUACUACAGAUUUAUGAAUAUAUUUAAGCAACAUUUUUUCCCCUUGAAAAUCCUGAUUUCUAACAUGUAAUUGCAUAUAGCUUUUGCUUUCUCUUGAAUAUUUUAUAUUUCCGUGGCUUUUUCUUGCUUUCCCCUACACCACUCUCAAUAGCAUACUUGGAGACUUUGUUUUAAAAAUGGUUUGUCCUGAUGCUUCUUUAGCUAAUUAAAACACUUUUUCAAAACAGGACAACGUUUUCUGUGAUUUCCAUCCCUUUAUAACUCCCUCCUUAACAGUUUGCCAUGUGCCAAGGAGAAUUGUACUAAAAGUUCAGUGUUUUAAGUCUUGACAGUAAGAAAAGUAGACCAAUUGCAAAGCGACA